AGCCCCAUCUAGGUCGUCGUCGCAACAGCAACCUUGAAUCUUUGAAAGCUUCUCGAAUCCAGAGUGAACAACCAGCCCUGCUGCUCUCCUGAUAAAUUUCCCCCCAAGGUUAAAGAUGCUGCAGAUGAUCUCUUAUCCCAACGCUUCUCAUUUCGCGGCUGUCAACACAUCCAGUUCCCCGGUCUAGGGCACAUUUGCCCUUUGCCCUUCCCCGAUUCUCAUUCAUACUCGCCGAAAAAAGACACUCUUUUUAGUGCCGCCAUGUCGACCGGACGCAAGGUCUUUCAUUGCGCUGUGGACGAGACGGCCUUGACCACCAACAUCAGCGAGAUCAAGAAAUGGACCACCAACGGCGCCAUCGAUCUCAUUGUCCCUCUUUACACCCUCGAACGGCUCCACGCUCUUAAGCGCGCAGGAUCGCAAACCGCCAUCAAUGCCCGCGAAGCUGUUCGUUUCCUCGACCGAGUUACCUCUGGCAAAGACCAGAUUACCUCCGACCGUGUUACCCUGCAGGGCCCGAUGGAACAGUAUGAGCGCUGGGAGGAUGCGGAGAAAUUCUUCUUGCCCGAAUUCGAGGAGGAGCCCGAGGCGAUGGACGAAGGGGUACUUACCGAGUCUGUGCCCGAAGAGGCUGCAAAGAACAAUGGAACAGCUGCCCCGGACGACUUGUCGCAGAUGCUGCUGAGCAAGUUGAAUUUCAAGAAAGACGCCGAUGCCGCAUCCAUCACCUCUGCCGGUUCUCCCAGUGUGCCAGGAUCGCGCACUUCCUCCCGCAGCUCGCGCACCAGCCCCGAAUGUGCUCAGCACGAGAAUGGUACUACCCUUAAAGGAAAGCCCAAACCCGGACACCAGCGCACCGCAUCUGGUUCUACCAUCCCAGUCGUUCCGCCCGUGCUGCGCCCUUUGCUGAGCGCGCUGCUGUGGCGUAUCCACAGCGGCCCGGACGCCGACAACUCUGCCAAGACUUGUAUUCUGGUGACGAACGACCGCGCGACCCAGGUGUGGGCGCAAAAGUUUGGUAUCGGAGUCAAGAACAUUCUCCAGCUACGCACUGCCAUUCAAUACGAGGAGCGCGAGUACAAGAACCGUUGCAAAUACGUCGAGAAAAUCCAGACUCAACCUACGGAACAACCCAAGACCCUGCUGUCGUAUGAGGAGGACUCUGACGAGGAUGAGCUGGUGUUCGUCCCCCGUGGUGGCCGUGGCGGCAAGGGAUCUUCUUCGCGCGGUGGCCGGGGUGGGUCCACACGUAAGGCUGCCCCGAAAGCCGCGCCGGUUACCGUCGAGACUACUCCCAUCGAGGUCCCUACCCAGCCUAUUGAUCCAGACUCGUUCAGCCGCUCCCUGGGUGGUGCAGCGAGCAAAGUGCCGGCUACCGUGGACCUGAGCAACCAGCAGGGUGCUGCUCGUGGCACCGUUGGGGCUUCUCGCCGCUCGGGCGGACGCCGUGGAGGGUCCUCUCGCGGCCCUGGACGAGGCAGCGGUCGUGGACGCGGUAAGCUAUGGGUUCCUUGAAGGUAAGGCCGGGUCUGCGGCAAAGCUCGACGUGAUCGAGCAUUGCUACAGAUCGAGCAUCUCUUUUUUUCGUGAACCAAGUGCACUCCAGAACCGGAACGGGCUUGUCUUUCUUUCCUUUGCAGGACGGAUAUGAUCGCGCGAGGGAGACUCUCCGACUGGGAGUCCCCACAGGACGUGUUUACUAUCUUCCCAAUCUCCCCAUCUCCUGUCUUCCACUCGGCAAUGGCUUCCAAACCACGUGGGCAUUGAUCGGAUACUCCAGACAAUCGCGAUGCGGUGGACGAACCCCUGGAGAAAAUCGAUUCGCGGCUUCAGUGCUGCAUAGAUUGACAACCCUUGGAAAAGAAACACCCCUCGUGCUGAUUUGUACUCUGGAAUUUCCUUGAGAGAAUAUGAACUACCCCCUCCCAUAGCUUUCCACUUUGACAUCCGAGAGGUUGCUUUUGGGCCUCGUGCGGUCAUGCAUGAGGGUGGAUUUGCAUUUUACUCAAUUCUAGUACGAGAGGGUCGAAUACAAGCUUUGACUAUUUAUUUUCCCCCUUAU